UUUUUCUGAAGAGAAUUACAUAAAUUUGCUCCUUGACUCUUCUAGAAUGUUACUGUUUAGUGAAAAUUCUUUAGAUAUAAUUUGAAAACUUCUUAAAUACAAGAAAAAUACGCGAGCGUAAAAUGCUUCUAUUGGAAACAAAUUAAUCCAAAUAGAGACAAGGGGAAGUUUCUAAUUGGAGACAAACAGUGUACCUUGUUGUUGUACAAACCUUGUUGAGUUGCUCUUGAGCGCAGGAUUUUUUCUUAUUCUUGGUAUUUUCUCCUUUCUCAUUUAAAACAAUAAGAAAAUCUCUCCAAAAUAUCAUAUUUCCGGGAUUUCCUAUUGAAGCAUUUGCAGACACUUCAGAAAAACUGUUUUUGUUCACGAAAUAGGGAAUUAUUUCAUUAGAAAAAUUCACGUACCGUUAACAAUAAAAAUUCUUUGGUGAAAAGGUACACUUUUAAUUUUUCUGAGAAAUUAACAAAUUAAAAUUUGUGAAUAUGAAUGGAUUUUCGCUUUAUUUGAAGCAAAAUUAACUAAAUAAUGAAACUGUGGUAUAGUAAAUUAAUAAAUAUAAUAAUUCAGUACUGUAUUUAUCGUGAAAACAAUUAUGUUUCCAUUUGGAGUAGCGAAAAAAUUCCAUUUGGAGCAGGUUUUGAAUUAGCUUAAUUUACCCUAUAAAUAAUCAUUUUAGAGAUUUGUUUUUGUGAAUCAAAAUCAGAAUUUGCAUUUUUGAUCUUUUUUAGGCUAAGUGUGUUGUGUCGUUAUAUUGGCAAUGUGCGGUACUGUGACUUCCCCAACGAAUACAUAUAUACAAUCCACCCGCGCCUCUUGAACUCAGUGAAGAAUGGUAAAAAAAAACGAGGCAGCUCUUCCAAGUCGUGACUUCACAUCUACACUCACAAGAGAAGCGACCCAGAGCCGGUACAUUUGGUGCUUCGUGCUCCUCACCGUCUAUUCAUUCGGUUCCGUUCCGUGGUCACGGCAAGUCGUAUUUGUUGCCACUGAAUCAUUCCACAUAAGCAUUUUGUUCGUAGUACAAGAGAACUUUUCAUUGAGGAAUCCCUCAGGAUUUUCUAACUAGUGGUAUAAGUCCAGUGUUCAUUGUGAGGAUUCUCAGCUCAAGUGACUCACAAGUGAUCUCAUAAACAGACAAUAUAAGUGUGUAUUUUUUUGUGGUUAAAUACCAAAUAAGGGUUUCUCAUUUCCGAUAUUUUACACCUGUCUACAAUCUACCGCCACUUUUUCAGUAAUGUGUCUCAGCGUUGGAAAAAUUUAAAGAGCGGAAGGUGGCUAUUGGUGCGUGACAUUGCAUUCAGAGUUUUCACAAAAUAACGACAAAAAUACAAAAAAAAAAAAUAACAAUAUGUGUUUAAAUGUUUGUUGAAUCAAUAAUUUCUUGUCGUGCUACAUACAUAAUGUGAAUUUCAGAUUAACAUUUUCCAAACUCUAUUGUUGUUCAUGACCCCAUCGCCAUAGUAACAUUGAUGAUGUCGACGAAUUACUUGUGAAAAAGAACAAAAACACCAAGGAAAAAUUUAUUGGCAAAUUAGAAACCAUAAACACACAUAGAAAAUCUCGAAAAACUAACUCUUGAACUUUUAAACAGACUGACAGUGUUGCAAAAUGUUCAAAGUACUGAUAGUAUUUAUCACAGUGAUAAACUUUUGGCCAUCCCUCGGUAUAACCAUCACAAAAUCAGCCUAUCGGGAUGUUGUGGUGAAGAUUGAGGAAUCAGUUACUCGGGAGGAGUGCGUAACAAUUCUCACGGAAUUGGAGGCAUCUCUAGCAUCAGCGUCGCAGUUUCUUUUCUCAGCUCUCGAUGGACGAGCAUAUUUUGGCGAUAUAACUGUACUGAUACCAAACACAUGGCCAGAUGUCUGUCUCCCGCCAAAUCGCACAUUUACCACUUCCAGUGGCGAACGCAGUGAUAUCACCCUAACUUCAAUCCAUCCGAUACACGGUGAAGCAAUCUGGACGCAGCAGGCAGGAGGAUGUGGCGAAGCUGGCGAACAAAUUUUCAUGAGCUAUACUGGUCUAAACCGCGGGACUUUCGCCAAGGAGUUCGUGCGUGAAUGGGCUAAGUACCGCUAUGGAGUUUUCGAUGAAAGGGGUUUUGCCAGGGAUCCUGUCUAUCCCAAAUGCUUUAUGACAGACAAAAGACACGUAACUGGAUGCUCAGAUUCUCCCAUUAAUACUGAAGGUAUCUGCGAGGAUAAUCUCACAAAUUACAACAUCUCAACCGCUAUUGAUCCGAAUUCACGCACGAGUAUUAUGUAUGCAGCUGAAGCGUCAAGUGUUGUAAUGUUCUGUGACGAAGGAAAUCACAAUAAAUUCGCUCCUACAAAGCAUAAUCAUCUAUGUGGUCGCCAGAGUACCCUUGAUGUCAUCUUAAAGCAUACUGACUUUGUCUCUAGCAAUAUAGUCUCUGUAACUUCGCCUUCGUCUAUUGUUAAUACUCAUCCUAUUUUCACAUACAAGAAACGAACUACGACUCGCUAUGUAAUUGUAAUUGAUGAGACACAGGAUAUGCAGAUACGCGAGUCCUGGAGCUUCCUCAGAAACGCCAUUAGAAAAUGGGUAGUCUAUGAUCUACCACGCAAUACUGAAGUUGGUGUUGUAUUGGCUAAUGAUACAGCUGCCGAUAAAAUUUUACCAAUAUCAUCCCUUAUGGUACCCAAAACAAGGGAUCUUGUAGCAUCUUUCAUUCCAUAUUCUCCCAACGAUUCAAGACAACCAGCGUGUAUCAACUGUGCAAUAAGGGACGCUAUCAGGAUGUUACGUGAAAGGAGUCGUCUUAUUGGACCAGCUAGCAAUGUAAUUUUGGUAAUAGCCCCUGGCAUGGACUAUAAUACUGAUCACCAUUCACUAUCGUUGGAAGCCAAUUCAGCUAAAAUUAGGAUCGUCACCGUGAAUUAUCCAGGUGUAAUCCGCAGACAACCUUUGGAUAUUUUAGCUGCAAAAACUGAUGGUUCUUCUUUUACUAUAAUGGAAAACAAGUACAACGGUGAAAAAACAUUCUUAUCAACGUACUUUGAGCUCACAAAUAUACUUUUCCACAUUGGAACACAGUAUUAUGAAGGGAAUCCUUCUGAUUUACCCGUAGAAAUUCACCGUAAAGAACUUGUUGAUAUUGUUGAAGAUGCAAAUUCUGCCAAAAGAAUCAGUCGCCUUAUCACUGGUAGCUUUAUGCUAGACAAUUCAAUGGGUGUUCCAUCAUCUUUCUUUGUGUACACGCACAACGGAGAGCAUCCUUUGAUACAUAGCCUCAAGCUCAUCAGUCCCAAUGGAGUUGUGUAUUCUACUAAAAGUGAUUCUCGUUUAUCCGUAAAGCAAUUGAUGAUUCCUGCGACAAUUAAUGAAACUGGAACAUGGACUUAUACAAUUGAAAGAUUUAAUGGAAAUCCUCAACCUCACUACGUACAAGUGAUGGUUACUCCAAGGAGUACAGACGCAGCUGUUAUAAGAGCUAAGGCUUGGAUCAAGCGAAGUUUUCAAGGAGGACCUUAUCGUCUCUUCGCCGAAGUGAAGAAGGGACUUUUGCCAGUUCUUUCAGCACUUGUUGAAGUCCGAAUAACUCGACUGAAUAUACAAUGUAAUGCUACAGUGGAUUGCUUUAGGAAUUUUAAGCUAUUGGAUACUGGCAGUGGUGAUCCUGAUGUAACCCGAGGGGACGGCAUAUAUUCAAGAUACUUCAGCAGUGCUGACAUGGGAGUUGGAUCAUACAAACUGGAAGUUACUGUCACAGAUAACGGUAAUACAGCAUAUUCCCUUGCGGAUGAAGCAUUUACGAGGAAUCUAGAUGGCAAAGGUCAACCGUGCUGUGGUAGUGUUAUACCAGUACCAUCUAAGCAACCUCUGCCUCCGUUCCAAAGAGUUCUGCCGGCUAUCACAAUUUUUGUCACCAAAGAACAAUCUGAUCUCGAAAGUAAGGAGAUUUAUGGAAGAAUUGGAGAUCUUAAAGCUGAGGUACUUGAAGGUAUGAAAGUUCGCCUCAGCUGGACAUCACCGGACCUCGGUGGACUGAAUGUGGCUCGGUAUGAGGUGAAAUAUGCAACAUCUAUUGAGGAUAUUGUGAAUAAUUACGAAACAGCAGCAAUCAUGUGGACACAUGAUCAACCGUUUGCAUUCUCAAUUGGAGAUGAAACAUCCUUCAUCCUCAAUAUGACCACAGAACCCGAACUCAUAGGUCAGCCACUAUAUUUUGCAAUUCGAGCUUACGCACAACUCUCCAAAGAUGCCUUGGCCAGUCAAGUGUCCAAUUACGUACGCGUAUUUGUGUCACGACCCAGUCUUCCGUCCACAGCCCCUCCCAACUAUGCCACCGAUGGGAUUUAUUCAUCGUGGCCAUUUGGAAAUGAAAGCGACAAUUCUGACAAUAUCAUCCCACGUAUCGCACAAAGUAUCAAUAUUGGUUUAGAGUUGAUAAUUCCAAUAAUUGGUGGAAUUAUUUUGUUGAUUGUCCUAAUUUUCAUAUACUGCUACUGUUCAGUAGCAAAAAGGAGGUCCGGAGGUGGCGAGAAGAAGAAGACUCUAAAACAGCUAAAGAAUGAAAAUAAUUUAGUUAAUGUAAUUGUUCCAUCGCCAGUUCAUCAGAAUCACCAAAAUAAUAUGCAUACAGAAAAAGCCCUUGAUAACUCAACAUUGCAGAAUUACGAAGCAUUGCAUGAUGUUCAGGAUCUGCACACCGUCGGUGUUCCCAUUUAUAGUUUAGAUGAUGAUCUCCGGGCCAAAAAUCGCUAUUCACUCGUUCACCACCAGGAGCAGCAGUUGAUUGAGGAACUGAAGCAAACCCACCAUAUGCAAAGAGAAAUCCCAGUCACGCUUUCCGGUACUUACGGACCUCAGGGUCUCAGCAUUAUUUCCACUAGUAAUACACUUGGUCGCAAUGGACGUACACUCAGUCCCUACGAAUCCUGGACAGCAUCUCAACUUUUGACUGAACACGAACGUCGCCAUAGCCCAACAGAUGAACUUCUGAUGCCCAAUGGCAAUACCUGUAUUGACGGGCUAGUAGAUCAUGUGCCGCCAAAUGACCAAAUGCUCUUGCUCAAUCACAAUCGCUCGGAUUGUGUAUCUCUCUCAGGCAGUCACAUGGCGCCACCCGUUCCACCCCUUCCCUACAGCGACUACCAAACACAGACCAACUAUGUUAUCUAUGGUAGGGGACAAAACCAACCUCCACCCAUGUACUCAGUGGUUAAUCGUAACAAUACAUCCCCGGGAGCGGCGCCCCCACAGCAAUUUGGGGUUAAUAGUUCUCUACAAGGCUCACUGAAUUCCGUCAAUUCAAGUGAACGGAAGAGACGCAAUGUGACCAUGGUGUAGGCUCACGAGAGAGCGCCCCAAACCAAUGUGACUAGUCAGAAAAUCCCUAAUGUAUAGGCAUUAAUAUCAACUCAGAUCCUAUGUGAAUCUCAUAUCUCAUAAUUUUAAUAUACUUGUAUAUCAUAAGAAUUUGAGUAAUAAAGUGAAUAUAAAAAUA